GAAAAGAGCCUUACUUGAUCUUUACCAAUCGUCAUGAUAUCAGGAAAAUGGGAUUGCGCCAAAUGGAAUACACCCAAGUGGCCUGGAAGCUGAGAAAUGCUGUAGCACUUGAUGCUGAUGUUACAACACAAAGGAUCUUCUGGGCUGAUCUAGGACAGCAAGCAAUAUUUAGUGUCUCCAUGGAUAAAUAUGAACAUUUAACGAAUAAAUCCGUCAUUGUCAAAGAUCUUGGGGUGCCUGUGGGAAUUGCUGUAGACUGGAUCUACCAACACAUCUAUUGGAUCGAUUGUGGUACUAAAACCAUAUCUGUUUCUAACUAUGAUGGAAGAAAAAGGAAAGUCCUUUUUGAUACUGGCUUGAUGGAACCAGCUUCAAUUGUUACCAAUCCACUAUCUGGUUACCUUUACUGGUCAGAUUGGGGUGAGCCAGCCAAGAUU